AUGAUGCAGGAUCACAUCAUACGAGAGAUUGAAAGGAUACCCCACAAGUACGGCGACCGGCUCGACCAAGACACGGAGAUAGAAAUAGCGAACAGAGGACACUAUCGCGGGUACAACGAUCCUAGUAUGUACUACACGGAACAUAGUCUACGCGGACUACAGUCACUCGCGAUCAAUACAAACAUUACGGAGACGCACAGUCAAGCGGACAGAGAGAGUCAUAACGAUUCAGGAUACAGCACUAAAGUGUAUGGCAGUUCACAGGGGCCUUCGCCAAGUCUAUCAGGGCCCCCUGACGACAAAGAUAGAGCAACUUUAGGGGCCUCUAGCCUCGUUUGA